AUGCUGGUGGCGUGCGGCAUGCAGCGAUGUCACCAGGAAGCGCUAAAGAAGAACCGGGUGAUGCUGGCGAAGCAGCUGGUUUUGAAAGAACUGAUGGAGCACAUGAUAGAGAAGGACAUCAUCACCACGGAGAUGAUGGAGAUGGUGCAGGCCAAGUCUGGGAGCUUCAGCCAAAAUGUGGAAUUCCUCAAUUUGCUGCCCAAGAGAGGCCCCAAUGCUUUCUCAGCCUUCUGUGAAGCUUUACGAGAAACCAAACAGCAGCAUCUGGAGGCAGUGAUCUUGAAGACAACAUCCAACCUGAGCCAUGGGAUUGCAAGGCUUGAACACUGUUAUGGAUCAAAUCUUCCAUUCCCUGCCAGUGAAUCAUGUAAUUCAAAGAGGCCGCGCUGGAUUGAACCAAUGGAGCAUUCCUUGGAUAAUGGAGAUGGUCCCCCGAUUCCUCCAGUGAAGUACUGCACUCCUGAAUUUUAUCAGGAUCAUCAGCACUUGGCAUAUAAACUGAUAUCAGAGCCCCGAGGCUUUGCACUUAUUCUCAGCAAUGUCCAUUUCAGCAGUGAGAAGGACUUGGAGUAUCGUGCAGGGGGAGAUGUGGACUGUACUUCCCUGGAGUUGCUUUUCAAGCAUCUUGGGUAUCAAGUGACUGUCUUUCAUGAUCAAACUGCACAGGAGAUGCAGAAUGCAUUGGAGAGAUUCUCUAAGCUGCCAGAUCAUCGGGAUGUGGAUUCCUGUAUUGUAGCUUUACUUUCCCACGGUGUGGAGGGUGGGAUUUACGGCAGUGAUGGCAAACUACUACAGUUGCAGGAGGCUUUCCGGCUCUUUGACAAUGCAAACUGUCCAGAUCUCCAGAAUAAGCCCAAAAUGUUCUUUAUUCAGGCCUGCCGGGGAGAUGAGACGGACCGGGGAGUGGAUCAGAGAGAUGGGAAAGAAUGGUCAGGUUCCCCAGGCUGUGAGGAAAGUGAUGCAAACAAGGAAGAAAAUCUCAAGCUGCGUCUGCCUACAUGCUCUGAUAUGAUCUGUGGAUAUGCUUGUCUGAAAGGCACAGCAGCCAUGCGAAACACCAAGCGUGGAUCCUGGUAUAUCGAGGCUGUCACCUCUGUGUUUGCAGAGGACUCCCGAGACACUCAUGUGGCUGACAUGUUGGUGAAGGUGAAUAGGCAAAUCAAGCAACGAGAAGGUUAUGCCCCAGGCACAGAAUUUCACCGCUGCAAGGAAAUGUCAGAAUAUUGUAGCACGCUUUGUCGGGACCUUUACCUGUUUCCUGGCUAUCUGCCAGGAAAAUAACCCUGCCAGCUCUGUUGGAAGAGAGAUACUGCCAAAGCUGAAUUUUGAGGAUGGAUGUCUACAUUUUCAUUCUUACAGGCUGUGACAUUAGGUGUGCAAGCAAGGAAUGCUUGUUUAUAUCUGGCCAGUCCAAUUCUUGAUGUCUUUCUAAAAUAAUCUGGCAACUCUCUUUGCAGUUUGAUUCAGUUCAGGGUUUAAAAUUCUAAUACCCUGACUUACUCCAUAUGUAUAGAAAUGUAUGGAAAGAGGAUCAGCACUGGAACUGGGAAGAAGUGGCAGCAUCCUUUGGAAGGACACAUAAGGACAUUGUAAGCAAAGUGAAAGUGAAAAGGGAAACAGACCGUUGGUACAAUUUUUUUAAAAGUUAAGCCUUUGUGAAAGGAAAAUUAUUCAUAAAA